AUGCCCAGCUCGCCCAGCCGCCGCUCGCCGUCGCUGAGGUCGAGGCUCCGCGGAGGGAAGCCGAGCAGCAGCCGCUGGGCAGGGGCGGGGACGCCGGUGAGGGCGGCCAGGGCGGCCUGCAUGUCGCGGAGACGGGAGUGUGCCGUGAGGCCGGGCAGCGGCUGGGUGCCGCUCCGGGCCUUGCAGCGCAGCCGCAACAUCCUUCGCGCGGCCGCCGCCCCCUCCUUCCUCUUCCUCCCUCCUCCUCUUCCUCCUCCCCGCCCGUCUCCGUUUCCGCCCCGGCCCAGCGCCCGCUGGUUCUCGCGAGAUCUUUUUCCGCGCUGUUUCAUUGGCCGCUGGGCCGCGGCCAAUCGCGGUGUUGCCAGAGCGGGCGGCGCGCGCCGCGGCCGGUGUCGAUCUCAUUUGCAUGCAGGGCGCGCUUGGGGUUGUGGCGUAGCGCCGUUCUCCCGCCCGCUUGCCGGGGAGCGAUUUACAUCUCAUUUGCAUGCAGCGCGGCGGCGCGGAGCCAUGGCGGCGGCGUACCGGCACGGCGGCAGCGCGCCGCGGGGCAGAACCGGGGCCCAGCGCGGCGGGGAGAAGAAGUGCUCGUGGGCAUCCUACAUGACCAACUCACCCACCCUCAUCGUGAUGAUCGGGCUGCCAGCGCGCGGCAAGACCUACGUCUCCAAGAAGCUGACACGUUACCUCAACUGGAUCGGGGUGCCCACCCGAGUGUUCAAUUUAGGGGUGUAUCGCCGGGAAGCUGUCAAAUCCUACAAAUCCUAUGACUUCUUCAGGCACGAUAACAAAGAAGCGAUGGAGAUCCGCAAACGAUGUGCCUUGGUGGCCCUACAGGACGUGAAGGCGUACCUCCUGGAGGAGUGUGGGCAGAUAGCUGUGUUCGAUGCAACCAACACAACUCGGGAAAGACGGGACCUGAUCUUAAAUUUUGCUAAGGAAAAUGCUUUCAAGGUGUUCUUUGUGGAAUCUGUGUGCGACGAUCCGGAGGUCAUUGCUGCCAACAUCCUGGAGGUGAAAGUCUCCAGCCCCGAUUACCCCGAAAGAAACAGGGAGAAUGUGAUGGAUGACUUCCUGAAGAGAAUCGAGUGCUACAAGGUCACGUACCAACCCCUUGAUCCCGAUGAGUACGACAAAGAUCUUUCCUUCAUUAAAGUGAUCAAUGUGGGACAGCGGUUCCUAGUGAACAGAGUCCAAGAUUACAUCCAGAGCAAAAUCGUCUAUUACCUAAUGAACAUCCACGUGCAGCCACGCACCAUCUACCUCUGCCGGCACGGUGAGAGCGAAUACAACCUCCUUGGCAAGAUUGGAGGGGACUCUGGGCUGUCACCACGUGGCAAGCAGUUUGCACAGGCGCUGAAGAAGUUCAUUGAGGAGCAGGAGAUUGUGGAGCUGAAGGUGUGGACCAGCCAGCUGAAGCGCACCAUCCAGACAGCUGAGUCACUGGGGGUCACCUAUGAACAGUGGAAGAUCCUCAAUGAGAUUGAUGCUGGGGUGUGUGAAGAGAUGACAUAUGCAGAGAUCGAAGCCAAAUACCCUGAUGAGUUUGCCUUGAGGGAUCAGGAGAAAUACCUCUAUCGCUAUCCUGGAGGAGAGUCCUACCAGGACUUGGUUCAGCGUCUGGAGCCCGUAAUUAUGGAGCUGGAGCGGCAGGGCAACGUCCUUGUCAUCUCCCACCAGGCAGUGAUGAGGUGCCUCCUGGCUUACUUUCUGGAUAAGAGUGCAGAUGAGCUGCCCUACCUGCGCUGCCCCUUGCAUGCCAUCCUCAAGCUCACCCCGGUCGCCUACGGUUGUAAAGUGGAGACGAUCAGCCUGAACGUGGAAGCAGUGAACACCCACCGGGACAAACCUUCCCUGAACUCAAGCUGCCUUCCCAUGAUCCAGAGCCCAGGCAGGAUGAGGAGGAGCAGCCUGACGCCGCUGGCCAGCACGGCCACGGAGCAGCGCCCGCGGCACCACAGCGUUGGGAGCGGCCCCACUGACCUGCAGGUUCGAGGUGCAGCUGCUCAACCCCGGCUGCAAGCCACUGUCCAGCCUCAAGUGGGAAAUGCUUGCCUAGGCUGGCUGGCCUAGAGGUGGAGGGCUGCAAUGGACAGCAGGAGCCUGAUGGGACACAGUGCCAGCUGGGAGCGCAGUGAGCAGUGCCUUCCUGCAGCCAUCCUGUCCUUGUGAGCACUCGGUGUCUGCCAUGGCACUGCAGAAAACUUCCUGAGAAGAUUUUUUCAGCUGCUUUUAACGUGUGUGUGCUUGUGUGUGUGAGCAGCAGGACAUGUGAGUGAGCUUGUCCCCAUGCUUUGUGUGCGCUGCUCAGGGCCGCCUCUGGGCCUCUCCCUGCUUGCUGAAGCAACGUUUCUUUGGCAGAUGUUCUCAUCAGACCCAGUUCCCAGGUUUUAUUCAAUCUUUAUCAUCUCUGAGCUCAAACGCAGUUACUCAGUGCAAUUUAACAAGCAGAAGCACUCCAGGUAUCGCUUGGCUUCCAUGGCUGUUGCUUUGAAUCCCCCCAGACCUGAGCCUCUUGCUUUACUUUGGGAAGGGUUUUGCAUGUGCUGUGGCAAAAGGCACUUACAGAAUUGUUCAGUCCUACAAGAUCACCCACUGCAGGGGACAAGGACAUGGAUUUGCCCAUUGCCAUCUGGGAACAGCCAAGCUGCUUUUGGGCUCAAACCCUGCUUUGGUUGUCCACUGCAUGCCUCACCCUGUUCUCUUUUCUCCUGGGCUUUGUGGAUGCUUUUCUCUUGCAGCAAAAAUUCCUCACUCUGCAUUGCACAGCACUGUUUUCUUCCUGCAUUCCAUGCUUACUGUCCUGUUCCCUUUACUUUAGCCAAAACGUCUCACGAUCAGCUUGGAUGUUUUGCACUCAUAGAUGCAUCAGAGAAUCGUGGAUUCAUUGACCAAAGCUUAGUCGUGCUAAUUCUGCAGAGCAUUUCCUAUUGCUAUACCCAUUUUGAGAUGUUUUUGUUGUCAGAAGGUAGUGAAGGGCCCGGGCUGUGGGUGAGGUGAGGAGCAGCAGUGGGGCCACGUGUGUGUGUGCUGUGUGAUGGUUUUUUACUCAUCUCUUGUACCAAUUUUCAGACCCACAGCACAUUUCUGUACUCACAUGUGAGUAAGCUGUGAAUGUUGCUGAUGUAAUGCUGCCUUUUGUGGAGCUGAAGCUGUUGAAGUAUUUAGGGCACAGGUGGUGCACUCCUUCAGUGCUGGCUGCCUGUUAUUGGGUUGCCCUGCCAAGAGGUGGGGUGAUGACACUCCGAGUUUUCACUUUUCUCUUACGAGUUAUUUGCCAAACUCCAUUUUCUCUCACUCCUAAUGUCCCCCUUGAAAUUAGGGCAAAACUGUCAGGUUUGCAGCCCUGCGAUUAGGUGAAGAAAUGGGCAUUUGGGGUUGAGCAGGAUGCUGUUACAGACCUGCUCCGUCCAACGACUCCAACAUCUGUGAUCAUGGGACCCAGGCUGUGUGUGUGAAGUGUGUAAAUCAGUGCCCAUCCGCAGAUACCUGAGCCCCACACACUCUGCCUGUGCUCAGUGGGCUGAGCUUACGUGGGGAUUUGUGUUGUAAACACUCCCACAGCUUUUAUUCUCUCAAGCUGAGAUGAGAGGCCACAGCAGAAGCCCCAAACGCUGUAGGAUGUACAGUCUGCAGAAGUUUUAUGUUGAUCUUAAGCAGUUAUGCUCCAGAGGGAUGAAAUUCAGGGGGUAAAAAAACCAGAGUUUUAUUGGUUUUACUCCUUAGGCUGUUCCCACUGAGCAGUUGUCCUUGUUAGAAAUAAGCCAGGGCUGGGAGGAGAAAGGAAAGGAGAAACAAAAAGUUGAAGGAAGAGUUCUAUAGGCUGCAUAGCACAGCAGUGAUCCUCCAAUGCACAAACAUGCUGGGGUGGGCUGGCUGCAAAGCUGCAGCAUCAGAACCACCAGCAGAUGCCUACUGUGAGCUGUUCACGCACAAUGUGUUGUAAUAACUGGUGGUGAGGGGUUAGGUGUAUGUGUAUCGUUAAGGAGCUAAUGGCUGUAAAGAGGCACAGCCAUUUUUUUCCUGCCAGAAUUCAUGAAUGUAGCUGAUGAGUGUCGGUAGUCAUCAGUUUUUAAUUGCUGCUUAAUGUCUGCUCUGCAGUGGUGGCUGGCUGUGGGUUGCUGUGCUCCCCAAGCGAUGCUGCAGCAGCUGCAUGCUGGUGCUGGGACAGAGCCAUCUGCAGCAGCCAGACCGUCCCUCAGCGCUUUAAGCCAAAGCACAGCUUCUCCUACUGCAUCUUAACUUAAUACCUGUGUCUGUAAGGCAGAGCAGUGGCAAAUUCCCAGUGCAGGUGAAUGGUAGGUGACAGCGUGGGUGCUGCAGGUCCCAGGUGAGCCUCUGCCUGUGCUGGGUGCCAGGCACUUCCUUGAAACCACCUGACUGCCCUGGCACCGCUCAUGCAAACAGCUCAGGAUAAAUAAGGGUUGCACAAUUUACCUGAAUUUAGGCUUAACGGGGGUUUGCACUGCUGGUCAUACGGAGCUGUGGUGUUGGGCUGUGUUCAAACACUCCAAUAGCUCACCAUGGGCUGAAUGUCCAGCGGUGGGCUUGCCUGCUUUGUGAGCAUUUCACCAGCACCAGAUCUUACUCCUGUAUCUCCCUGAUUUCUAUUUCCAUCCGCUUUUGAUGUCAGAGGUGCUCUGUGCUGGUCUCAGGGUGCUGCUCUGCAUUACUGUGUGCUGCUUGCAAACUGCAUCCUUGUGCUGUGCGUGGGGAGGGUGAUGUUUUGUGUUUCAUGGAGUUCUGCUGUGUUACUGCUUUCUAAUGGUCUUUUUUUCUAGGUUUUAAAGAAAAAAAGCAAUGUAUGCAGAGUUGUUGUGUUGUGUACUCUUUGCACUUACGCACAAUUAUCCCAUGAGCAUUUAUUUACAAUACAGAGGUUUUAAAAAUAAAAUCUUGUUUUCUCUCC